ACUGCUGUUUGACCUAACGGUGAAAAACGGAAGUGAAAUACGUAAACGUCAACAACAACAACAACAACAGAAGUAAUAAAACAGUUGUUUUUUAUUUGACCUAAUCAUAGUGUGGUGGAUGCAGCCAUGAUUUGUUGGAACUGGUAGAAGUCAAACUAAGAAGAUGAUGAUGAUGCACAAACGACAGUAUUCAGACAACACGGCCACAGUUAAACUGUCUACAUGUGUCCACUGUGGUUGCUCUUGUAAGGGAAAAUCCAUCACAGAUUCAAGCAGCCAUGCAUUGGAUCUGCAACACGAGAUAGAGGAGCUGCACAGCCGACUGAUGAGGAGCCAGUCACAUAUGUCUAACAUGGAACACGAGUAUGAGAACCAGAUCCAGGUGGCCAACUACGACCUCCUCAAACUGCGAGAGGAGUUUGUCAGACUAAGGGACAGAUAUGAAAGGUUGAUGGAGAGUCACAAGAGGAUGCAGAAAAUCAACGACAACCUUGAAAAUAAGCUGCUCAACAUGGUGAACAGCACUGAGUCCGAAAAAACAGCUUUGCAGAAGGAAGUUGCGGAGAUGACCUCCAGGCUGGUGGAGGCCAAGACACUGGUCUGUGAACUGGAGGAGGAAAAUGAGCGAUAUCGCAGUGACUGCAAUAUGGCCGUACAUCUCCUACAGUGCAAACCAAACAGCUUUGUGGCGCAGAAACUGCAAACGUUGCCGAUCGAUCUCCAGGAGCGAGUUAAAAGUCACAUGACCAGCGAGCAAAUAAUCAAUAUGGAGAACGGGUCUCCGGAAAUGACCAAACUGAUUCAUGUUCCUAUGCAGACAUUCCCACCCACUGCCAUGGUGUAUUCCGUUCCAAAACAGGUCAAAGACGCUCCUGCUAAAUCGACUGACACCCAAAAUGUUCCGACAUCGCUGAUGGCGAAGGUAUUAACUCAGCCGGAAAUUAAACGAAGACGGCAGAGGACAUAUUUUUGUGUGAAAUGCAAAGAGGACUACGUCUAUGCACAUAAGGAGACACAAACAAACGCUUUAAUUACGUUAGAUGCUGAAAAAGGUGUUAGAGCCGCAAUAAAAGUUCAUCGAAAAGUGUGCCAUCAAUCGUUAUCGAAUUCCUCGUUGGAGAAUGAGUUAUAUGAAUAGAAGGCUGUGGUUUUCUGCUGUAAUCCUUAAUAAUUAAAAGCAAUCAUUUUAAGGCAUUAUUUUCAUUAAACUUAUUUUACAUUUUUUUUAAAUAAUCAGAAGUAUUGAAAAGUUUGACAUCACAAUUUUUUAAAGUUUUACCCCACCAGACAUUUUCAUGGGUCAAACUCACAGCAAAUGGCAAAAAUACCUCAAGCCUCAGAAAAUUUGCGCCAAGCAGGAAUGCUUACCUUCAGUAUAUAGUAUAAUCCAAUGAGGAUUCGAGCCAAUGGAGUUCGACAUAUGUUUAUUUGUAGUAGCUCUUACCAGGUAGGUGUUUUACAAAUAAAUUUGGUUGUAUUUAUUGAUUUAAAUGGUGCACUUCUGAAUUCCUGCCAAAACGUUUGUUCGUACAUGUAAACUGGUGAACAAAUUUGAAACAGAACUCGAGGUAUUACGUCAAUAAACAUUGUGACCAAGUUUGAUAAAGAUUCAUUUUUGUAUAAAAAGAAGCGCUCAAGUUUGAGAUUGAAUAUGAAAGUAAUGAGAUCACUAAACUCCCACAUAUCUUUUUUUUUUAAACAAUUAAAUGAAAUGUUGUAUGAAAACUUCUUAGUUUGCAACAGUGGGAUAUUAUUUUGUCUUGCUUUUCAAUGCUAUGAAAAUUAAAGUUUUCCUUGUAAAAAGUUAAAGUAACAAUUAUCAUUGUUAUUAAUGGUUUUGAGAACAAAUAUAAACUGCAUGGUUACAGCGCUUGUUUGUCUAUGUUACAAAGUAACAGUGCUUUGUUUUUAAGAUAUAUUUGAAUUGAUUUCUGUUGAUGUAUAAUAUCAAUAAUGUUGCAAUUUUUUACUUUUCCAUCUUUUUUGAAGAAAUAGUCUGAGUAUUUUGAUACCCUUGGUGCUGUUGAUGUCGUCAAAGUGCAGAACUUUGAACUUAAUACUCAAAAUAAAUAUGAGUUCAAGUUAGUUAAAUGAAACUUGGUACACAUGUUAUCAGACACAAUAUGCAGUGCUCCAGUCAGGAUUUGAUAGGGCAGACCAGGGUGCUAGGUCAGACAGGGAACUCAUGAUGCACACUGAAUGAGCCUUAAUGGGGGCACUUGCAAUGUUCAAUAUUCAAUUCUUAUUCAGUAUGUGUAGUAACUACUUUCUAUUCUUAUAGUUUGUUUAGAAGACCUUAUCUAUUAUCUUUACUUUCGUGUCAAAAUUAUGUAUAUUUAUUAUUUUUAUACUUGUUUUUGAAAUUUUACUGUCAAACAAGCAGGCACCCUGCUGCCUAAUUUUCACUACACCUUGAGAGUGCUGGAAAAAGCAGCAGGGUGCCCCACCCUGCUAUUUAAGCCUACCUGGAGCACUGAAUGCGGGCAUGUAUUGCAAGUCAACCAUCUGGCUUUGUUCUACUGAAAAAAAACAACUGUCAAGCAUUUACCUUCCCUCCACGAUACUCUUCUGAAAUUUUAUUUACACAUACUGCUAAGUCAAGAUUUUUCAAGUGCUAUUUUACAUGUUGUAUUUCUGAGAUUUCUUGGUACAUGUUUCUACGCAUGUAUAUGAUUUUAUUAGUUAUUGAUAUUAUCUAAACCUUUUGUUUAAGUUGUUAAUAUUUCAUGUUUUUGUUUAAUAAAUGCUAUGUUAUACCAUUUUAUUUCUUUCAGUAUUUAUACACUAAAAGACAUACUCCAAUGACUGCUUUGUUUAAGAUUUCAGACUGCUUCGUUCUAAAAUUGUAUUAUUUUUUAUAACAUGUUAUAAUUUUCACUUCUUCAUGCAUAUUUAGCUGUGUUUGUGAUGUGUUUGUGACUUUGCCAUAUCAAUGUUUGUCUAGUCUUGUUAUGUUAAUUCUCACAUCAUCAUUCUGACAUAAUCGUUUAUGACUCAUGAUCAUUUUUAUACUUUCAUCUGGUUUAUUGUUGAAAACUCAUCAUUUUAGCGUGUCUGUUCGAAAAACUGUUUAGGUAUUGUGUUUGAGGUGUCAAAGUAGUCAUGCAAAUACUUCUCUAUGAAUCAGAACUUGUUAUGAAACUUGGUACAGAUGUUGCAAGAGACAAUUUGCACACAUGUAGCAAGGCUGAUGACUCUUGCUAAAAUAAAAUAAAAUGUUUGUAUAAUUUUUCUUGUUUGACUUGCUCCAGGGUGCUCUUGUUUAUGUUUAAAACACCUGAGGUACAGGUUUGAUAUGGUUUCUCAAUAGUUUUUCAUUUUUGUGAAAAUUGUUAAUACUUGGGCAAACUAUCAUGAAAAAACUCAAGUGAAAUCUCUAUCUGAAACUCAGUUCAUUUUAUCUCAUAAAAGCAAAGUAUAAUCCAAGAUGUUUUACAUUUUUACACAUUUAAAAAACAUUUGAUUUUUUUUUUGAAAAUUCAAAGAAAAUUUAUUCCAUGUACCAAAAAUUAUACUAGAGUGAUUAUUAAAAAGUAAUGAAAGUACUCAAUUAUAAUAACUGUUUGAGUAUUUUUUCUUUGGAAUCUUGACCAAAGUUUUUUCAUCAACAAACUCUUUUAGAGAAUGUUGUUUUAAAACAUUUAAAAAACAUAUAUAAUUUUAAAUAACAGUUGAUGUCAUGUUGUAACAUGAGUUGAGACUGAGAUGAGGCUUGAGUAUUUUUUAUUCAUGAUAUUUGGGCCAGGAAUUUCUGAUAUAUGGUAUGGUUAUACUCAUGUGAAAGAAUUGCAUUGGGAACAAAAAUCUUGUACAUGUAUAUACAUAAAUCAUGGUGUUAUUUGUCUUUUCUAAAUAGAUUAAGGCAAUGUGGGAUUGUGGGACAUUAUAUGCUGAAUAUAAAAAACUUUGGUCGAGUGCUAUAGGUCUACCUCUUAAUAUGCUCUCAUCAAAAAGGUUGUGGUUUAUCACCUGGUCCCAAUUUCUCGAAACUUCUUAAGCUAAACAGGCUUAGGUAGCUUAUUUCAAUCAGCUGAAAUACAUACUUAAAUUAAAUUUUGAUAAUUGAAAAAUGUUUUAUAUUGUUUUAUUGUGACUAUCAUAAAGAUAUUUCCUGUCUGAAGUAUAAACAUUCUUAAAUUAAAUAUUAUGCAAAUUAUUGAAAAACAAAAAUAGUGAGCUUAGCUUAAUCCUGUUAUAAGGGACUUUGGAAGAAUCGAGAAAUUGGGGCCAGGGGAUUGUUCUCAGACUCUCAAAAUAGAUAUCAUCAUAUCCUUACUGGUGUCGACCCAGGAAAUGGACUCAAGCAUGAAUCUAUAAGCUAUCAGCUUUCAUCACUAUCCAUGUUAAAGAUAUUAGUAUAAACUCAUAUAGAAACUUGUUAUUUGAUCCUUGUUGUUAUGACUUCAAUAUUUGAUUGUUUUUUACUGAGAUAUGUAUGAAUUGUUUAAAAUAAAGUUAAAUACUU